AUGGCAAUUAGGAGAAGCAUUAUCAUAUCGCCGGUCCUAUCGUGGAAGCAAACCCUAAUUUGUUGGAAAGAUGAGAUGGAUGCAAAGGACAUUUUAGGGCUACCGAAGAAUUCAUUGUCCAUACCUUCAGAAAAGAAGUCUAGACCUCCGAAAGAGUCUCAACGCAAACCCGAUGGCAUUUCACGAGAAGUUUACGCCCUUACAGGAGGUCUAGCACCUCUCAUGCCUGCUACUGAUAUCAAUCAUUUGAAAAGACGAACACAGGCAGAGAAUGAAAAGAUUACAUGGCAAUGGCUUCCUUUUACAAAUUCUGCCCGAAAUGACAGUUUGCAACUAUACCACUGGGUGAGGGUUGUAAAUGGUGUUCUGCCAACAGGCGACUAUUCGUUUGCUAAGUAUAACAAUUCGGUGGAUGUAAUUGAAUACACAAAUGAGAAGUAUGAGAAAUAUUUGACAGAUCCCUGUGGUGAUGUAAAUGCACCUUGCUCUGUUAUGGAGUCUAGCCAUUCUGAAAUUCCUAAAUCCAGUCGUAAUGAGAGGAAUAGAAAAGAGUUAAUUCCAGCAUUGUGGCCCCCUCUUAUUGAAUUCAUGGCUCAGACAAAAAGGGCUCUAAGACUCACAUCUGUGAAAAGGGAAGAGGAGUCCACCAGUCACCACAGGAGAUUUGAGCAGACAAAGAGAAAGCUUUAUGACCACGCGAAGCCAUUGGGUAUAGAAAAGAACAAAGAAAACAUGCAAAAGGAAAAAAAUGGUUAG